AUGUUCCACAAACGCACCAAGACAAGGAAGCUAAGAGGACACGUGAGCCAUGGGUAUGGACGUGUGGGUAAGCAUCGCAAGCACCCGGGAGGCAGGGGUAAGUGUGGUGGUCUAACACACCACAAAACACUCUUCAAGAAAUACCAUCCGGAUUAUUUCGGAAAGAGAGGCAUCAAGAUUUUUCACCGAAAGACUCAGGCUCUGCGAUUGAAUGCCACUAACACCGGUGAUUUGUUUGCAUUGAUCAGGAAAAAUGAAUUUGUUGAGGGACAGGCACCGAUAAUUGACUGUAGGGCCCAUGGCAUACACAAAGUGCUGGGUAGAGGAGAGUUGUCGUUGAAGCAGCCUUUGGUGGUGAUAGCUAAACAAUUCACUGAAGAAGCAAAGAGAAAGAUUGAAGCGGUUGGGGGCCGAGUGAUUGUCUCUGCUUAAUUAAAAUGAUUAUCUUCAAA